AUGAGUGUUUCUAAGCCCAUUGAGAGUAUCGCCCGCAAAGGGAAGAGCGACACCAGCAUUAGACUUUGUCUUCACACUACAGGAGACCACAAUGGAAAUGCUUGUCCAACUUCCUCAUCUUCUUCCUCGCCCUCCUUAUGUUUUGGGGAAUCAUCUCUGGAGUCACUUUGUAGUCGGAACAGCAUCAGCAGUGGCUGUAUUGACAGCCCACAAGACUAUGACAUGUUCGAAAUCACAGUGGCAGCUUCUUUACUGACUGGAACUAAGCAAAUUGUAGAAGAUGCCAUUUCCAACUGGCAACAAGAGGGCAAAAAGAAACUUGACAAAAAUAAAGAUGCUGGAAUUGAAAGGAUUCAAACAGAAUAUGAGCUGUCAGAAUCCAAUGACAACUCUGUGUCGGUUUACCUUGACGCCAGCGCUGGUGGACACCAGGAAACCAGGAAUGACAAUGAUGACCUUGCUCUGUCCCUAUCUCUGAUAUGCGAUACUGUUGAUCAUGUUAAUAAUUCUAAUAACAGAUCUAAAAAUAGACAUGGCUCGUCAACACCUGACUCAGAAGCAACAGAAAUUCUUCCAGAUGACGAUACUGUAGACGAUGAGGCUUUGUAUUUUUCAAUCAGCUCAGACGUUGAUUUACGGCGAACUAGUGCAACCUACACAAACUCAUCUAAUCCAAGCCUCUUUAGCAGCGAUUCCUCUUCACCGAUGCCCGAUCAGUUAAGGGUAACUCAAAUCAUGAGCGAUGAGAGUUCAGAGGGAGUUUUAGAAGAAUUACAGAUGACCUGUCAUAGGGAUCCACAUUGCAAGUCUGAGGACAUUAGUGACACCACCCACAGAUUAAGUGUUACUCCCUCAGUAAUCAAUCUUGUCCAGGAUACCAAAGAUAUAGCACAUUUACUAAAUUGCACAGAAAAGUUUGUGGUGGUCCCCACCCGCUCAAGCAGACUAAAACUCAAACCGGACGUGACAGUCCCCUUGGCUGAAGUUCCCAAAAUGUCACUUAAGGAAGAAAAUAAGAUCUACAAAGUGGACCUUAAAAACAUAAAGGCUAAAGUUGGAUCACGACCUGCACAGUCCGCACCAAAACAAACUGGCCAGAGUAUAUCUGUUUCAGAAAUUGGAAGAAAAGUUGCUCCAAGGAAGGAAGAAGCAAAGGGUUUUUAUGAAUCUCAAAGGCCGAGACCAUCUGUAGGUACUGUUAAAGUAGCUCUGGUGUUGAAACCCAUCCGAGGACAGAGCACUUUAACCAAAAGCAACCAAAAUGCAGCAGCCUGUGACUCCAAAAAGUCAAAAAGGCAGACAGUGGCCUUCAGCGGAACACCUUCACGCUGCACCAGUAACUUGCACAAAGAGAAAACUAAAGACCAACACUGGGUCUCACCCAGAAAGGUAGUCCAGGAGAUAACUGAUAAGUGUCUAAUAAAACUAGACUCCAAGCAUCUGAGUGCAAUACCAUGUGAAGAAUGUCUGGAGGAUUAUUGGGAAGGGAGUGAUGAGGCACUACUGACUCUGGCCAAUAUGGACAAACCAAGGAACCACACCCAGGCAUGCACACAUGGUGUCUCCAAACCUCACACCGUUCUGGAACAGACGGCUUCACCAACGGCCCCUGGCUCUUCCAAUUUCAAUUCAAAAUCUACAGUUAGUCACCAGCCGGCCUCUGGGUUAUGUGGGCGACCAGUUUUAAACCCUGCAUCCAAGCUUCCUGUUAAAGGAUUAUCUUCAAACCUUAUUUUCAAUGAGAACAGCGGACCCACAAGCAGAGGUUCUCUCAAAUCUUCAUGUUCUGGUAUCAAGUCAGAUGAGAGGGCCAGCAAAAAUCCUUCACUGGGCAGUCAGAGCGGGAAAACCCUGGCAGGUCCCGCUAGUUCCUUUGAGACUGUUAGCUAUUUCAACAGCCCUUGUCUUACUGAUGUUCCAAAGUCUCCUGUAAUAAGAAGCAAAGCUGCGUCUCUCCAGUCUCGAUCAACAAAUACAGGUUUGAAGGCCCCCUCAGUCAGCAACCACAACUUGGCCAAGAUCGCAACAGCCAAUCAAAUACCAAAGAUACCAUCAACUGUCACUCAGGGGGUUCACACCAUGUUGAAUGUUGUGCCCGUCAACCACAAAAUAAGAGGAUGUCAUUCUUUUGCAGUUGACAAAAACAAGCCCAGGGACGUCCACGCAAGAUCUGCAAAUAAUCGCAGCAGCUCUCCAGCUCCAGCACUCGCAGCAGGAAACAAGCAGCAGAAUCCAUCACGAGCACAGGCACCAAACGGGGUAUAUGCCAGUGCGCCUGUGACAACGGUUCCAGCAGUGCCUGUCAGUGUUUCCACCAACAGUGGAACCAUAGGACCACCUGCGCCCACGUUGAAAGGAAAAACUAGCACUCGGUCAAGCCCUAAACAUGGGACGCGCUUGCAAAGUGCGCCCAAGCCUGGUGUGGUCGCUGCAAAACACAACCAGGGCAAAGAACCAGCUGAAAAGAAGAACCAGGCCAGCCAGCUUUGGAAACUGCUCAGCCAAGCAAAUAAAAAAGUGGAGGUUCUCGCUACGGUGAUUCAACAUCUCUUCAAUGAGCGUGAAAAGGCUUUAAAGCAGAAGAAUGACUUGUCACUGGAACUGGCAAAACUCAAAGAUGAGCUUGUGGCAUCAUCUCAGUGUUGUGACCGUUUGCACAAGGAGAAGGAGGAGGCACACAUCAGUUCAGAAGAGACCUUGAAAGGGCUCGAUAAACAGCAUAAGGAGGAGCUGGUGCAACUGGAGGAAAGGUUGAGGAAUUUUUACCAAACAGAGUGGGACAAAGUCCACCAAGCUUACCAGGAGGAGGCUGACAAAUGUCGCAUGUUAAUGGAACAGCAGGUGGAGGAGAUGAGGACCAGAGAGGAAGCUGAGAGGAAGAACCAGGAAGCGAGUCACAACCAACUUGUGGAGUCUCUCAAAGAGCAGCAUGAGACCUCGCUACAAGAGCUUAAAAGAAUUCAGGAAAUUGAUCUGCAGAACCUGGACAAAACACUAAAGGAAACAGAAACCACUCUUUCAGAAAAAAUAUCUGAGCUUACGGGGGAGAAUGCAGCCUUGAACGAAAAGCUGAAAGCAGAGGAAGAGAGGCGGCAACUCUCAGACAAGAAUCUGAAGGACUCCCACACUUUGUACCUGGAACAGGAGCUUGAAAGUUUGAAGGUGGUGCUGGAGAUGAAGAAUAACCAGCUGCACCAAAAGGAAAAGAAACUCAUGGAAUUGGACAAAAUGGUGGAGACAAAUGUUAAACUGGAGGAAUGUCUAAAGAAGGUUCAACAGGAGAAUGAGGACUACAAAGCCAGGAUGGACAAACAUGCUGCUCUCUCCAGGCAGCUGUCCAGUGAGCAAGCUAUUCUCCAGCAGACACUGCAGAAAGAGUCCAAGGUCAACAAACGUCUGUCGAUGGAGAACGAGGAGCUGCUGUGGAAACUUCAUAACGGUGACCUGAUGGGGAGCCCGCGCCGACUGUCCCCCACCUCUCCCUUCGGCUCACCUCGGAACUCUGCGUCUUUCCCCGCCGCCGCUCCCUUAUCUCCAAGAUAA